GCGUGUAAAAUACGUUGACGAUAACACUUUCUGAUUGUUAUUUAAUUACUUGGACAUUGGAGGCUUGAAAGCUAUCACAAGAGCAAAAUUGGAAAGAUUACCGUUGCGCUUGACUACCGGUGUACUUGUUUAUAUUUUAUUGCUGCAGAAAAUCUGCCGGUUCUGGACACUACUAAAUACUACAUCCAAGUGUUUCACUCAGAGUUUCUUCACACCUGCGGUUAGUAGAAAUACUAACUCAACAAGAGGUCCCUCAUUUGAGAAAAACGCCGGAAUAUCCACUCUCAGAUUCCCAUUGCAUUAAAGUGUUUCCUCUUUUUUUCCUGUCUGUACAACAUGGGUUUAAUCACUUCACGGAGUCAACAAACCAGUCAACAGGAUACAGUGAAAAUCAGUGAAUGUCCGGUUGGCAAAGGCAGUCAAGGAUGUCCCAUGAAUCAUGGUACUAAAGACUUUAAUAUGGACAAUAUGAUGCCUCCUCCGAAUCAAAUACCAAGUCCUGGACAGCCUUUUCAACUAUCCACUGAUCGUGAAGUAUCUUCUAUCCCUAAAGCAGAUGAUUCAGAUGGCGGGAAAUGGGUCUAUCCAUCAGCUCAAAUGUUUUGGAAUGCAAUGCUGCGUAAAGGUUGGCGUUGGCGAGAUGAAGAUAUUAAACCUGAAGAUAUGAAUAAUAUUAUACGCAUACAUAAUGUAAACAAUGAAAUAGCCUGGCGCGAAGUUCUGAAAUGGGAAGCUUUACACGCCCAUGAAUGUAUGACACCGAAAUUGCGCAGAUUUGCUGGAGACGCAAAGAAUUAUUCACCUAGAGCUCGAAUCAGACAUGCUAUGGGUUAUGAAUUACCCUUUGAUCGUCAUGAUUGGGUGGUGGAUCGUUGUGGAAAGGAGGUGCGUUAUGUGAUUGAUUAUUAUGAUGGAGGUUCUGUGGAUGAAACAUACCAGUUUGCCAUAUUAGAUGUAAGACCUGCGCUGGAUUCGUUCAGUGCAUUAUGGGAUCGUACUCGAGUUGCUUGGAUGCGUUUCAAAUCUCCUGAUCCGCCUGCAAAACCAGUGCCACAUGAUCCAACAUUCCCGAAGAAGGAAACAGCGUCAUGACGGACCACUGUUACUGCUGCUGCUACUACUACUACUACAUAAAUGAAGCCUGCUCAUCCCCCACACCCACACCCGCCACAUCAACGUUGCUCUUACGUUUUUGGCGUAUCGUAUAUUUUCAGAAGUGCAUAGUUUAGUUCGUAUGUCAGAAUUAACCUUGUAAUAAAACAUUAGAAGUAAAUCAUCCUGUACAUUUAUUAAUAAGAAGAGAUAAAUUUAUGUUAACACUA